UUCCAACAACAAACUAGUGGGGCGGAGCUUCAGUCAUAAAAACCGAACUCAGACGGAAAGGACGCUUUCUUCCGAGCCCACGAAGCGAGAUGUGGGUCGCCGCACUGCUGCUGGCCGCGCUGCUGCUGGCGGUCCUCCGCAGAGUUUACGUGGGUCUCUUCGGCGGAAGCUCCCCGAACCCCUUCGCCCAGGAUGUCAAGCGGCCACCUGAACCCCUGGUGACCGACAAGGAGGCCAGGAAGAAGGUUCUCAAACAAGCGUUCUCAGUCAAUCGAGUACCAGAGAAGCUGGAUGCCGUGGUGAUUGGCAGUGGCAUUGGGGGGCUGGCCUCAGCUGCGAUUCUGGCCAAAGCUGGCAAAAGAGUCCUUGUACUGGAGCAACAUAGCAAGGCAGGAGGCUGCUGCCAUACCUUCGGGAAAAAUGGCCUUGAAUUUGACACUGGAAUCCAUUAUAUUGGGAAAAUGCAGGAAGGCAACAUUGGCCGUUUUAUCUUGGACCAGAUCACUGAAGGGCAGCUGGAUUGGGCCCCCAUGGACUCCCCUUUUGACAUGAUGGUACUAGAAGGGCCUGAUGGCCGAAAGGAGUUUCCCAUGUACAGUGGGAGGAAAGAAUACAUCCAGGGCCUUAAGGAGAAGUUCCCCGAGGAAGAAGGUGUCAUUGAUAAGUACAUGGAGCUAGUCAAGGUGGUGUCCCGAGGGGUCUUCCACGCCGUCCUGCUGAAGUUCCUCCCGUUGACCUUGACCCAGCUCCUCCACAAGCUUGGGCUGCUGACUCGAUUCUCCCCCUUCUGCCGAGCAUCUACCCAGAGCCUGGCCGAGGUCCUGCAGCAGCUCGGGGCUUCCCCCGAGCUCCGGGCUGUUCUCAGCUACAUCUUCCCCACUUACGGAGUAACCCCCAGCCACACGGCCUUUUCCUUGCAUGCUGUGCUGGUUGACCACUACCUACAAGGGGCAUAUUACCCCCGAGGAGGUUCCAGUGAGAUUGCCUUCCAUAUCAUCCCCGUGAUUCAGCGGGCCGGGGGUGCAGUCCUCACCCAUGCCACUGUACAGAGUGUGCUGCUGGACUCUGAUGGGCGAGCCUGUGGUGUCAGCGUGAAGAAGGGACACGAGCUGGUGAACAUCCACUGCCCCAUUGUCAUCUCCAGUGCGGGACUGUUCAACACCUACCAGCACUUACUGCCGGAGAGUGUCCGCGGUCUGCCAGAUGUGAAGAAGCAGCUGGCAACAGUACGGCCCGGCAUGAGCAUGUUCUCGGUUUUCGUCUGCCUGCGAGGCACCAAGGAGGACCUGAAGCUUCCGUCCACCAACUACUACGUUUAUUUUGACACAGACAUGGACAAAGCGAUGCAAUGCUAUGUCUCUAUGCCCAAGGAAAAGGCUCCAGAACACAUUCCCCUUAUUUUCAUUGCCUUCCCAUCAAGCAAGGACCCAACCUGGGAGGACCGAUUCCCAGACCGGUCCACAAUGACUAUGCUGGUACCCAUGGCCUUUGAGUGGUUUGAGGAGUGGCAGGAAGAGCCAAAGGGCAAGCGGGGUGCCGACUAUGAGACCCUCAAAAGUGCCUUCCUGGAAGCCUCUAUGUCCGUGGUCAUGAAACUGUUCCCACAUCUGGAGGGCAAGGUGGAGAGUGUGACUGGAGGAUCCCCACUGACCAACCAGUAUUAUCUGGCUGCUCCCCGGGGUGCUACCUAUGGGGCUGACCACGACCUGGCUCGUCUGCAUCCUCGUGCGAUGGCUUCCCUACGAGCCCAGACCCCCAUCCCCAACCUCUACCUGACAGGCCAAGAUAUCUUCACCUGUGGGCUGAUGGGGGCCCUACAAGGGGCCUUGCUGUGCAGCAGCACCAUCCUGAAGCGGAAUUUGUACUCAGAUCUGCGGGCUCUUGGCUCAAAGGUCCGGGCACAGAGGAAGAAGAAGUAGUCCACUCGGAGAUAAGCCAGAGCAGUGGCCCCUUCCCCAGCGCCUUUCUCACGGCCUCCUCCUGCACCACUUCCUUGUGCAUACCCAAACCUCUUUGUUUCUGUAACUGCUGUAAAAAAAAGGAGUUCUUCACCUUUGCACCCUGCACUUCUACUUAAGGCCUAGUGUGGGCUGCAUAAAAUACAUCCCUGCUUGACCCUGUAAACACACCUAACAUUCCUACAAGUCUGACUGUAAUGUCUAACUACUAACUUUCCUUUCUUUAUAUCCUAGUAGUUGGUAAUACUAUCACUCAAGGAUUAGCAAACUGCAUUACACUGUUAAAUGAACUGUGUAGGUACAAUAUCUUGCACAAGAUUAGAAAUACAUGUACAGCAUUUUCUAACAAAUUCAAUCUCAAAUUUGUAUAACUAUAUAUAAUUUCUAUGCAAUAUACAGAAAUCCAAUCCCAUGUAAAAUACUUUAAAAACUAGCAGCUCUUCUGUGGAGAGCUGCGUACAGCCGCACCCCAAAAUGGCGCUGGCUUCUGCCUUCCACCCUCCCGAUGGUGAGUGCUCUCUGAAAAACAACUCCAUAUUUGGCUUGGCAUCAUGACAUGGUUUGCUCAGGCAGAUGUGUACCAAUUCAAUAGCCCCACAUGGCAUAAGGAGGUUGGUAGAGCAGGACCUAUGUAAGGAUGGGACGGAGCCCCUCCAAGGGUGAGAAGACACUUGUUAACGGCCUGAAUAAACAGCUUGAAGAAGA